AUGCAAACCAGGCUUUUUUGGGGAGCUCAUGUUUUGACCCGUUUGACCACCAGAGGCAUUACAACAUUGGAUGAAUCACAGAAAUCUGAAUCACAAGAUGCUUCUACUAUUGCCACGGAGGUUGUACCUCGCAUCAAAUUCAAAAGGCUCGAUAAAACAGCGACACACAUAAUGCAGGCAGGCCGAAGAGAAGCAGUGGAGGAAGUGCGCACGCAAAGAGAAAUACCUGAUAUAAGGCCAGGUUAUAUAAUCCAGCUCAGAUUGGAAGUGCAUGAGAACAAGAGACGUGUAUCAACAGUGAAAGGAAUCGUGAUAGCAGGACGCAAUGUGGGUCUAAAUACAACCAUCAGAUUAAGAAGACUUGUUGCAGGAGUUGGGGUUGAAUCUCUAUUACCUUUGAUGAUACCAAAUGUGAAAGAGAUAAAGGUUUUGGACAAGAAGAAAGUGAGAAGGGCGAAGCUUUAUUAUCUCAGGGACAAGAUGAACGCGCUUAAAAAAUAA